AGUUUGACGGUUUGACUGACCACAGCUGAGCUAGCCUCUCUCCUUCCUUGCUUCCCUCUCGCUGUCUCCUUCCUCACCUUCCUCUCCACCUUCCUCCCCCACCCAACCCAAACCCUCAUCCAGCUCCGCGGUCCGCGGUCCGCGCUCCUAUAUACCUCCCUAUGCGCCCCCAAACCUCGCCUCCGACCAAGACGACGACGGAUACCAGGACGAGGACCGGAGAUGGGCGGCUGCUUCUCCACCAACACACCCGCGACGCCGGCGGCCGAGCGAAGGCGGCGGCGGCGGCGGAGGCAGAGGGCUGCGUCGCCGGAGAAGGGCAGCGGCGGCGGGGCGGAGGGGGUCGCCCGCGUGGUGGAGUUCGGCUACGAGCGGGACUUCGAGGGCCGGUACGAGGUCGGCCGGCUGCUGGGGCACGGCCAGUUCGGCUACACCUUCGCCGCCACCGACCGCGGCUCCGGGGACCGCGUCGCCGUCAAGCGCAUCGACAAGGCCAAGAUGAACCGACCUGUUGCUGUGGAAGAUGUAAAGAGAGAAGUGAAGAUUCUUAAAGCCCUUAAAGGCCAUGAGAACAUUGUUCAUUUCUACAAUGCAUUUGAGGACGAUUCAUAUGUGUAUAUUGUGAUGGAACUAUGCGAGGGUGGUGAACUAUUGGACCGGAUCUUGGCAAAGAAAAACAGCCGCUAUAGCGAGAAAGAUGCAGCAGUGGUAGUGCGGCAAAUGCUCAAAGUGGCUGCUGAGUGUCAUCUGCGUGGGUUAGUCCACCGAGAUAUGAAGCCUGAGAACUUCCUUUUCAAAUCAACCAAGGAGGACUCGCCUCUGAAGGCCACAGAUUUUGGUUUAUCAGACUUUAUAAAUCCAGGGAAGAAGUUCCGUGAUAUAGUCGGCAGUGCCUAUUAUGUUGCACCAGAAGUAUUAAAACGGCGGUCUGGCCCUGAGUCUGAUGUUUGGAGCAUAGGGGUCAUAACUUACAUUUUGCUCUGUGGGAGACGUCCUUUUUGGGAUAAAACAGAGGAUGGUAUAUUCAAGGAGGUUCUAAGAAACAAGCCUGAUUUUCGUAAGAGGCCUUGGCCAAGCAUCAGUACAAGUGCUAAAGAUUUUGUUAAAAGGUUGCUUGUGAAGAACCCAAGGGCGAGAUUAACAGCAGCUCAAGCCCUCUCACAUCCAUGGGUGAGAGAAGGAGGAGAUGCAUCUGAGAUCCCUGUUGAUAUAUCUGUAUUGUACAACAUGCGCCAGUUUGUCAAAUACAGCCGUUUUAAGCAAUUUGCGCUGAGGGCUUUAGCAAGUACAGUCAACGAGGAAGAACUAGCAGAUCUGAAGGAUCAAUUCGAUGCAAUUGAUAUUGAUAAAAGUGGAUCGAUUAGUAUUGAGGAAAUGCGGCAUGCCCUUGCAAAGGAUCUUCCUUGGAGAUUGAAGGGUCCCCGUGUUCUCGAGAUUAUUCAAGCAAUCGACAGCAACACCGAUGGUCUUGUCGACUUCAAAGAGUUUGUUGCAGCAACUCUCCAUAUACACCAGAUGGCCGAGCUGGACUCUGAAAGGUGGGGCCUACGCUGCCAAGCUGCCUUCAGCAAAUUUGAUCUGGAUGGCGAUGGAUACAUCACACCUGACGAGCUUAGAAUGGUGCAGCACACCGGCUUAAAGGGGUCCAUCGAGCCAUUGCUGGAGGAGGCCGACAUCGACAAGGACGGGAGGAUAAGCUUGUCCGAAUUCCGCAAGCUUCUGCGAACCGCGAGCAUGAGCAACCUCCCGAGCCCGACCGGAGUCCCGAAUCCCCAAGCUUUGUGACAAUCGCCUGGGAGCAUCCAGGAAGAUGAUAAAGUACAGUAGUCUGUUUUUCUUCUUCCUUUUUGUUGUGUCUUUUGCUGUUUUCUGCGUUCCGUGCGAUGUGAUGAGAGCUUCUGAUUUUUAGCAUCCAGGUUCUGUGUGUGCAGUUAAGUAUGCAUGAGUAGAUAACGGUUCAGGGUAAAUAUAUUUAUUCACAGAGAAGUGUGUUCCAAGGCCCAAACAGCCUGUCUUUGUACAGUAUUCUUUGUUGUCGCCGUAGAUCUGCUAAGUAUGAUUCGAUUCGA